UUAAUUAAACAGGAGCUCAAACUGGCAUUAUAGAAAGAGGGAACUUCCAUUCAGAGAAGGGAGUAUACUCCAGAGAAGGUUACAGAGAGUUUUUGUGAGUAACAAUGAUAACUUUCGCCCAGGGAGUUUCCUAAUGAGGUUGAAUUCUUCACUUCCCUUUUCCUGUGGAACUAGUUACUACUCUCCCCCUGCAAAGAUGAAAACACAGGAAUUCGCUCAUGUUUAUACAUCAAGAGGCAGGAGAAAUCAAAGAGCGUGACUAUUCUACGAUUUACAAAUCAGAGACAGAGAGAGAUGAAAACCGUACUCCAGACAGUAACUUAAUCAAACUCACAAGCAAGAUGUUAAAAAUGAAUAGGCUGGAAGGAAUAAAUACCCGUUACAAUAGUAACCUGUUGGAGAAAAUGGCUUUUUUCCAAUGUGUAGAAAAAGGUGAGACUGUACAGUGUUUUUUGAAGGAAAACACCAAUGAACUUGAUUCAGGAGCUGAAGAGAAUGAGGCAAAGGAGACAGUGUGGCAUCAUUUAAGCCUGAAGGAAACAUGUAUUAUAAAGAAGAGAACUCUAGAUCCCACAGAGAGAUCUACUCAGAAGAACCAAGCCUGCUCAGACAAAGAAAAGAUUCAUAAACUCAAUAAGGAAAAUGCUGAAAAGGCCUGUACCUCCCUCAUUCAGAAAAGUUCUUCCACAGGAAGAUUUCAAAACAAGGUAGAAGAUUUGACUUCCAGAGAAGAGUAUCAAGAGGAUACUAUUGGAAAAGGUGCAACAAAGAUGGGGAGGCAAGAAGAGGUAACCCUCAGUGGAGAUAACCAAGAUAUUGUGGAAAAACUCAAAGCUCUGGGAAAUGUGAAAGGAUCUCAAGACAGUCUGACCUCCAAAAGAGAGAAAAAUGAGCUUCAUGCUAAAAGAGAUAGCAGUGAAGAGGAAACUGGAGAGAAAGGAUCAACAUCUGCUGUAAAUGAAACAGUAGAAAGACAUAACAACAAUAAGCUAGAUAAUUCUUCAGCAAUAACCCCAGGAGGUCAAUCCACAAGGCCCCUUUCCCAGAAUGUUGAACUAGCAGCUGUAGCCGACCACAGCAGUAAGCGGCGAGUGAAUGAUGGAGGCCUUCUCAUUGAUGACAAGAAGAAGAGCAGAGUUGACAUAGAGGGCACAGCUGAAAAAUGCAAAGCUAAGGAGCCCACCAAGAUCAAACAAUCCACUGGCAGCCUAUUAGGCAAGUUUCAGGAGCCAUCUAGGAUUAAAAAUGGCCAUCUAGUAAAGCCUACUAACAAAGGGAAGGAUCUGGCAAUACCAUUCGAUGAUAUUCCUGCUCCUCCUGCUCCGUUUGAUCACAGGAUUGUCACAGCCAGACAAAUGGCAAUCAAUAGUCUUUAUACUGUGAACAGGAGGGAAAUCUUAGGAGGAGGGCGGUUUGGCCAAGUACACAAAUGUGAAGAAAAAGCCACAGGCUUGAAAUUAGCAGCCAAAAUCAUUAAGACCAGAGGGGUUAAGGAAAAAGAUGAAGUGAAGAAUGAAAUCAGUGUCAUGAACCAGCUGGACCACGUGAAUCUCAUCCAGCUCUAUGAUGCCUUUGAGUCCAAGAAUGACAUUGUCCUGGUGAUGGAAUAUGUGGAUGGAGGUGAACUGUUUGAUCGAAUUAUUGACGAAAACUGCAAUUUAACUGAACUGGAUACUAUUCUGUUCAUCAAGCAGAUCUGUGAGGGGAUAAAACACAUGCAUCAGAUGUACAUCCUUCAUUUAGACCUGAAGCCUGAAAACAUCCUGUGUGUGAGUAGAGACACCAAACAAAUUAAAAUUAUUGAUUUUGGAUUAGCAAGAAGAUAUAAACCCAGAGAAAAACUGAGAGUGAACUUUGGGACUCCUGAAUUUCUUGCUCCUGAAGUUGUGAAUUAUGAUUUUGUUUCUUUUCCUACUGAUAUGUGGAGUGUUGGUGUGAUUGCCUACAUGCUGCUCAGUGGAUUGUCUCCUUUUCUGGGUGAUAAUGAUGCUGAGACACUAAGCAACAUUUUAGCUUGUAGGUGGGACUUGGAAGAAGAAGAAUUCCAAGACACAUCUGAAGAGGGCAAAGAAUUCAUCUCUAAGCUUCUGAUUAAGGAUAAGAGCUGGAGAAUAAGUGCAAGUGAAGCCUUGAAGCAUCCUUGGUUGUCAGAUCAUAAUCUUCAUCGCAGACUCAGCUCACAGAAAAAGAAGAACCGAAGUUCUGAAGCUCAGUAACUGGUCACCCAGGACCCUGCUGAAGAGUGUUCCAACAUGGAAGGAAAACUGCUGUGGUUGCUGCCCUUUUGAGGACAUUUUGGAAAAAUCAGCAGUUCUGAUGUUUUGACCCCAGCAAUGACUGGAGGCAUUUACCAAAUGAAGUUACUCCACCUCUUUAACUGUAUUACUGAGCUGCUUUAAAAAGAAAAAAAACAUUUAAGUUAGGAAGCUCCCAGAAGAGGAAACCAACAGCUGUUGUUCCCAAGGAGGUGUAAAUACCAGAACCCCACAUCCUUUACCUUAUGUCUGAGAUGGUUAUAGUAGUUUACUUUGGGAAGACAAUUUUUUCUGCUGCCUUUUGCUUUCUCUAUAGAUGGAGCUUACCGUAAUGUUAGUUGUUGCUCAGUUAGGCAGGUGGACUAGAGAUGGAAGUGAUGUGAAAUUUUCAAACCUGAAAUUGUGUUUGAAGUGGAGGAGGAAAACUACUUGUAAGUUUUAAGCUAUGAGAAUUACAUCAUGGAGAUUUUGUGGCAAAAAUUUUUUUGUAUAAUAUAGUAUGUGCAAGAAACUUACUACUUUGGCUUAUGUUACAACUGAAUUAUUUUCAUGAUUAUUAUAAUUCAUUCAUGAUAAAACAGGGAAAAACUUUGUGUACUGGCAGUAUACAAGCCAAUGAUUGUUACUAAUUGAAACAGUUGGGGAAAGCUGUCAAAGACAGGAUCUCUUAACCCCCUGGAUUUCAAACUUUGUUCUAAUUUUGUUAGAGUUCUGAAAUCAUCAGUGAAUGACUAUAUCCAAAUUCAUAGCAAGCAGGCAAACUCUCCUUGGAAAAGGAAGGAGUUGCUUCUAGUCCUAAGUGAUUUGGGGUACUAAGUACAAUGUCUGAAUAAACUUUAGUUAUGACAAGUCACACAUGAAACUGAAUUUAUAACUUUAAAGUAAGGAAAAUCAAUACAUUCACUUGUUAACAAAUGAGGAUUAAGCAUUUAUUAAGUUCUUCUGUGUACAAGAAAGACAAAUUUCCCAGUUAGAAAAGUUUAUUCCAUGAUCUAUUAAGCUAUUUCAUUAGAUUGAAUAAAGGAAAUACCUGUGACUAAUAAACUAUUUUGCAUACAAACUAUACUUUUAGGAGAAAAAAAAGCAAAACUACCACAGUCUUUAAAAAAAGAAAAACAUGAAAUAUUUUUUAAAUGAAAAAUGUUUUCCAAAUUCUAUAUCACUUUCCAAAUUCUGUAGCAAAUGCACACUUUUUCAUUUACUUUCUCCAGGUACCUGUUUUCAAAUAGUUGUUUUGCUGUGAUCACUUACAAUAAUGUCUUUGUUUUGGGUCUCUGCUCUUUCUUUAAUAUUGAAGGGGACUGUUUUAUGGAUGAUUUGGUAAAUAGAAGUGAAGACUGAUCAAAUGUUCUUGACAUAUUCCUCACAUUUCCAAUGUCCAAUUGGCGAAUACUUCCAAUAUGGCUUCAAGAAAGAAAUAUGUAUAAAAUGCUUAUUCCUAUUUUACAGGUUUGUGGGAACUAUAGGCAAUUAAGAUUAUGGAAUUUGGCCAAGGUCCUAUGGAAAGGUAUUGGGAAAGCCGGGCAUGAAACUGCCUCUUUUCUCAAAAGUUCUUGCCAUCAAACUUCUCUCCUCUUUUUCCUUUGGCCUAUUCAUUUUUGUUCCAGUCUUGAUUUCCCCUCCUGUUUUUAUGUGACUAUGCUUACAAUGUUUAGUUUGGUUUCCUUAUGGGAAAAAAGAGAAAGCAACUGUAUGCUUGAAGUCUUAUAUUACUAGGCUAUCUUUAGCUGAUGAUAUGCAGUGGAUUUGGAAAGUUAUAAGCCAAUGCAUGCAUGAAUAAUCACUUAUACCACAGGGUCCUGGCAUUCAUUCAAAUGCUAAAUAGGACACAAGGGUCUGAUUUUAAGCCCCUUAUGGAACAGUGUGUUCUACUAUGGAGCAAGGAAAAUCUACCCCGAUAUUUUCUUGCCUGGCUGGAUGUAGCUCCAAUUUUGAUCCACUUUAUCAGGUCCAUUUCGCUAGAUUCUAGCCUGAAUUUGAGAUGCCCCAGACCAAACUAAGGGUGUGAAAUUCAUCAAUGAUGAUCCGAAAUGAUUCCUGAGUGUGGAGUACUUUGGUGUUUAGAAAUGAGUCUAUUUUGGAAAUGUAUUUUGUUUAGAUUUUUGUUUUAAGAACUACACUUGGGUGAGAAAGUGCCCCAACACUAGCUGAGUGCUUUUAAUAGGGAUAUUUGGAAGUGUUAGCUUUGCAGAGUUAAUUAUUUCAGUCUAAGUUUAUAAAGGAAUGUUAUAUAAUUGUUUGGAAUUAUAUUACAUAACUUUGUAGUUUUGUGGGGCUGAUCCCACUAUAAGUUCUUAUUUUUUAAUGUUCUCUUGUUUCAGCAGGUCAGGAAUAUGUAUGGGGAAGAAGGGCUGGAAAGCAGAUGAGUCAGGCCAAAUAUAAGCAAGGACCUAAGCCUCACAGUAGAUUAUAUAUGAACAUAAUCAUUGUGAUCAAUUUUCCAAGGGGAUAUGAUUUUUCUUUGAAUAAAAGAUUUAAGUCUUA